UUCCUCUACUUUUUCAUGACACAACAGCAUUGUAACUGAAAAAACCCCCACAGAUGUGAAUCGAUUCCUUCCAAUCAAUUCUUCUAACAGACGCUAGACGUCAGCACAGUAAUUUCCAAAGACUUUUUUCUUGCUUCUGUUUUCCGGGCAAUAAAGUGAAACCACAGCUGAUCCUCCUACUUCUGGUAGUUUAAUCGUCCGGUCGUUUGUGGAAGCUCUCGGGAUGUCAGCUGUUAAGAUGACAGAGGGGAGUGUGCAGGUAGAGGGGUGCAAAAUGCCGUUGUUCUACAGACAGAGUGAACCUAACGCAGGGGAAGUGAAGAUGACAGUUUUACUUCUUCAUGGCAUCCGUUUCUCAUCGGAAAACUGGCUCAACAUCGGCACACUGGAGACUCUGGCCAAAGCAGGCUGCCGUGCAGUCGCCAUUGACCUGCCAGGGUUCGGCCGGUCUAAGUCAGCAGAGGCCCCAGCACCGGUGGGAGAACUGGCCCCUGCUGGUUUCCUAAAGGAGGUGUGUGAGCGGCUGAGCCUGAGCCCAGUGGUGCUGAUCAGCCCAUCCCUCAGCGGCAUGUACUCUCUCCCCUUCCUCUUCCAGCACCAGGCUCUGACACGAGCCUACAUCCCUGUGGCUCCCAUCUGUACUGACAAAUUCACAGCAGAGCAGUACCAGAGUGUAAAGGUUCCAUCACUGAUUGUUUAUGGUGACCAGGACACUCAACUGGGAGAGGUGUCACUCCGUAACUUGAGCAAUUUGGCCAAUCACAGCGUGGCAGUGAUGAAAGGAGCGGGUCACCCCUGUUACCUGGACGACCCGGACACUUGGCACCGAGUUCUCACAGACUUCCUCAAUACGCUGUGAAUCUCCGCUGUGUAUCAACAGUCACAUGACUCAGGAACCACACUAAUAACUAAAUUCAUGAGAAAUUUAGUCCACAAAGAUCCUCCUGCAUGAUCUGU